UAAAAAGUUUGGUGGGUAUGGUCACCUCCCUCUCCCUGUUGGUGUCCUCCAGCCAUCCCCCCCCCGGUGCCAGAAGGACUGCCCCAGCCGCUGACAAAGAGGACUAGAAGCUUGGAAUAAAUGAGCCCCGAGCCCAAAAGGAGACAUUCGAUGAUGAGGACCAUCAUGGCAAGAAGCACCCACGAGUCAUCCUUUUCCUUCUCCAAGCGGCAUUUCCAAUGGAUUAUUGGAAAGGGUGGCGUUGGUGAAGAGAAGAAGCACGCGGAUGGUGAUGGAGAGCAGGAGUUUCCAGCUUUCUCCCACUCCUCAUCACGUGUCUGCGAUGACGAGGCCGCGGCGGCGGCGGCCGCUCCUCCGCCGGCUGCAAGAAAAAGAGGAGCUUUCUCCGCUGCCGUGGCCGUCUCGAGGUUCCGCUCGGUGCUCACGGCGGCGAUUGCCGGGAGGCGUCGGCCGGCCGGGCUGGGUCCUCGCGUCAUAGGCACCCUCUUCGGACACCGCAGGGGGCAUGUCCACUUCGCGUUCCAGGUGGACCCCCGGUCGUGCCCGGCGCUGCUCAUCGAGCUGGCGACACCGACGAGCACGCUCGUGAGGGAGAUGGCGUCGGGGCUCGUGAGAAUUGCACUGGAGUGCGAGCGGAGGGGAUCCGGCGGCGGGCGGAAGGCGGCGGGGAAGCUGGUGGAGGAGCCUCUGUGGCGCGCUUACUGCAACGGAAAGAAGUGCGGGUAUGCGGUGCGGCGCCAGUGCGGCCCGGCGGAUUGGAGGGUGCUGCGGGCGGUCCAGCCGGUGUCGAUGGGCGCCGGCGUGCUGCCGGGGGACGGCGGCCCUCAGGGGGAGAUGAUGUACAUGAGGGCGAGGUUUGAGCGGGUGGUGGGAUCUAAAGACUCUGAGGCCUUGUACAUGAUGAACCCUGAUAGCAAUGGUGGCCCCGAGCUCAGCAUCUACUUGCUCAGAGUUUGAUUCAAAGGAUUCCAUUCUCUCUCUCUCUCACACACACUCCUUAGCCCAUGGAAAAGGACUUUGGUUCUUUCCGGUAAGCUUGGUAUUUUGGAUGGGCGGCUCUGUUUUGCCCUUUUCUUUCUUUCUUCCUUCCGUUCCAUUCUGCUGGUAAUAAACUGGUUUGCUUUCGGAGCUUGUUUUCUUAUGUUUUAUGGCGGUAUAGCGGUGUUCUGCCGAUGCUUGAAAUUAGUGGUUGGCUUCGAGGUUUGGUGGCAACGUUGCAUGGGUUGGGAGUAUAAUGUAUAUAGUUGGCUACGUAUGUAUAGCUUUCUGAUAAGAAUAGGAGGAUCCAACGUAAUGAAUCCUC